GCGUGAUAUAUAGUGGCACGCACAAUGAAAUGAAAAACCAGAAAUCAAUAUUCCAGAUUCUCUCUUUCACCUAAACAAACCAAAUUCAGAAGCUUUCUUUAACCAAACUUCGUCUCUUCCUCUUCUUCAUCACCCUAACCCUAAUCCUAUGGCUCACUCUAGUUCAGAUCACGAGCGCAAUCGGUCCCAAUCGCCACAGGCGCACCUCUACAACCCCUAUCAAGACCUAAACCUUCAAAUCCAAACUCUUUAUCAGCUCCCAACUUCUCCCGAAUUCCUCUUCACCGAAGAAUCUCUCCGCCAGCGUCGCUCCUGGGGUGAAAACCUCACAUUUUACACCGGUUCGGCCUACCUUGGCGCCUCCAUAGGUGGUGCUUCCGUCGGGUUUUUCUCUGCUCUCAAAUCUUUCGAGCCCACCGAUACGUUGAAGCUGAAAGUGAAUAGGAUUUUGAACUAUUCGGGACAUUCUGGACGAGUCUGGGGGAACCGGAUCGGCAUUGUGGGAUUGAUCUAUGCCGUGAUGGAGAGUGGAGUCGUGGCGGUUACCGAUAGGGACGAUGUGUGGACUAGUGUGGCGGCUGGGCUUGGAACAGGGGCUGUGUGCAGGGCAGCGAGAGGGGUGAGGUCAGCUGCGGUGGCUGGUGCGUUGGGAGGGUUGGCGGCUGGUACUGUGGUGGCAGGGAAACAGUUGUUGAAAAGGUAUGCUAUGAUUUAAAACAAGGAGAGAGAACUUUUCUGGGUUGAGUUUAGGCUGUCAGUUCUAAAUUGUUUUUGAAAUUCACAAGCUGUAUCUGUUCAAUUUUGAUCAUGAAUUUGUUAGCAAUAUAUUAAUAAUAUUGGAAUCAAUUAAUAUUAAUAUGAACCAUUUUUGCAUUUUUAGCAUGGAAGAAACAUGCUUUUGUAAAGGCAAAGACCAGAUUUUUGUGAUGACUUGUAAUAAAAAAAACAUAUAUUCACCAAUUUUUUUUGUUA